GAGCGUCAGCGACUGGCCCACGUGUACUGUGUUGACUGUCAAAGUCUCAAGGUACUCAGAGUAUCCGGAAGCUCUGAGUUCUGGCUGAAGUUCUCUGCGUUGCCCCUGGCCCGCAGGCGAGCCCCCAACCAUGAGCUCCGCGGGCGUCCUGUCUUUCGCCCAGCAAGGCUGGGAGCUGGUGCUGGCUAAAGUGAAGUGGUCCGUGGUCUAUCUGGACGCCGCCUGCGCAGAAAGUCUGCACUGGAGCUGCGGGUCAAGCCGGCUGCUGGAGGCCGUGAAGGGCCCCGCCUGCAACCUGCGGGAAUUUGAGCCCCAGGCAGUUGGCGGUGGAGCCCAGCAGCCCCGGGCGGUGUUCGUGUUGAGUUGCCUGCUGAAAGGCCGGACUGUAGACACUCUGCAAGACAUCAUUCGGCGCAGUCACUUUCAGUACUGUGUGGUGGUCACAGCCGUGAGCCACGCAGUCCACCUCACUGCCAACCACGUACCAGCGGCUGCAGCGGCCGAGCUAGAGGGGCAGCAGCCUGUGUUCGAGCAGUUGGAGGAGAAGCUAUGUGAGUGGAUGGGCAACAUGAACUACACGGCCGAGGUGCUGCACGUCCCUUUGCUGCUCGCCCCUGCUGCCCCCCACCUUGCCUUUACUCCUGCCUUCGCUACCCUUUUCCCACUGCUACCUCGGGACGUACAUCUCCUUAACAGUGCCAGGCCCGACAAGAGGAGACUGGGCAACGUGAGUGAAGUGGACGCCACUGCCCUGACCCCAGAGCUGCUGCUGCACAUUAGAUGCCUGGUGUCAGGCCUCAGUUCUCUGUGUGAGCAUCUAGGGGUACGAGAGGAGUGUUUCGCUGUGGGUGCCCUCAGUCGGGUCAUUGCUACAGAUCUGGCAAAUUAUGCCCCUGCCAAGAACAGGAAGAAGACGGCUCCUGGCAGGGCUUCUGUGGUCUUUGUGGACCGAACUCUGGAUCUCACAGGAGCAGUUGGGCAUCAUGGAGACAACUUGGUAGAGAAGAUCAUUUCAGUGCUUCCACAGCUUCCAGGGCACACCAACGAUGUGAUGGUCAACAUGGCAGAGCUCACUGCUGUCCAGACCGUGGAGGAAAACCAGAACGUGAUUGCACCAGGUUGCCUUGCACAAUCCAAUGACACCUCAGCCAAGGCCCUCUGGGAAGCCUUACUGAACACCAAGCACAAAGAGGCGGUGAUGGAAGUUCGGAGACAUCUAGUGGAGGCAGCCAGCAGAGAAAACCUGCCCAUCAGGAUGAGCAUGGGGAGAGUCACACCAGGGCAGCUCAUGUCCUAUAUUCAGCUGUUCAAGAACAACCUCAGAGCUCUUACAAAUCACUGUGGGCUCCUACAGCUUGGGAUGGCCACAGUUCAAACCCUGAAGCACCCACAGACUGCAAAGUGGGAUAACUUCCUGGCUUUUGAAAGGCUCCUUCUACAGAGCCUUGGGGAUUCAACCAUAGCAGUUGUGCUAAAUCAGCUGCUACCUAUGAUUAAGUCCCCAAGCCAGAGAACCAGUGAUGACUACAGUCCUGAGGAACUGCUCACCCUCCUCAUAUACAUUUACUCUGUCGCUGGAGAGUUCACACUGGACAAAGACCUGAGAGAAGCUGAAGACAGGGUGAAGAAAGCAUUGGCCCAUGUCCUAUCGGAGGAGUUGGAGUUGUCCCCUUUGCUACAGAAAAUCACAGGCUGUGAGUCUGCAAUUAACCUGACAUUUCCCAAAUCGCAACUUGCUAUGAAUGAUGUAUUCACGUCUCUCCAAGAGAUUGCUGGAGCUAGGACUCUCAUGAGACAGUUUAAGUCUGUCUAUGUUCCUGGAAAUCAUACCCAUCAGGCAUCCUAUAAACCACUGUUGAAGCAGGUUGUGGAGGAAAUAUUCAGUCCUGAGAGGCCAGAUCCCGUUGACAUUGAGCAUACAUCCUCAGGCCUCACUGAUCUCCUUAAAACUGGAUUCAGCAUGUUCAUGAAGGUGAGCCGGCCCCAUCCCAGUGACCAUCCCCUCUUGAUCCUCUUUGUGGUGGGUGGCAUCACAGUCUCUGAAGCCAAAAUGGUCAAAGACCUUGUAGCAUCUCUGAAACCAGGAACCCAGGUGAUGGUGCUGUCCACAAGACUCCUGAAGCCACUUAACAUUCCUGAGCUGCUCUUUGCCACUGACCGGCUACACCCAGACAUUGGCGUCUGACAUCUAAGAGACGAUAAGACCUGUAUGAGCUGGAAAUACCAAUACCCAUCUGUCACCAUUCCAGAUAUGCUUCCAAAGCCAGUGUCCCCAUUACUAAUUAUAGGUAUGACUUAACACUACCAGAGCAGGCUUCAAACCUUGCAGAAGGCAGUGUUCGGACUGCCCCUGUUCUUCAAAAGUGAAAUAAAGACUUACGUGUUCGUUCUUUUUCUAAAGGUGUCAAGCUGUCUUUAGGAGACUUCACCUACAGGCCCUCAUUUAACCUCUCCCCUAUUGUAAUCUUUCUGGAACUGCCUGCAAGCACCUUAGCUCUGGGUAGAAACCUGCCAUCAAGUGGUAGUAAAGAUAAGCAUUAUGGUUUGGAGUUAGUCAAGGGAAGUUAAAUGUGCUUACAAUUCCCUGCUUAAGGAAACAAGACUGUCCUUGUGAUUAUUAAGCAACAAAGGGAUGUCACAGACAGAGCUUGAGACUGUGUUUCUCUCCAAAUCCAAGACAUUUCUGAAAGGCAAGGAAAGUAGGGACUAGCCUGGUGGCCUCCAUGAGUGGUAAAUCACCCCAGGAGCAACAAAGGGCUGCUUUGUCCCAGCUGGCUCAAGGAGCAGGGCAGCCCUACUUGGAAUGGCAGUGGGAGGGACAGAGCCAGGGGACUCCAUGUUCCAGAGGAAGCCCAAUGCAAAAGAGAUUCCCUCCCAGGAAGUCUAGACUGGAACCCCAACCCCCAAACAGCCUUUGUGAUUUCCAAUUCCUACUGAAAUAGAAAGCCUUGGUCUGAGACCUUACAUUUUCUUUCUGGUCAUAACAGAAAAACCCAGACGCAUCUAGUGAAAUUAUAUGAGAACUCUAGGGAAAAAGAAAGAAAGAACUGCUUGGAAUCCAGACAUCACUUAUAGGUACAUAGCCAGUAGGAGUUCCUGGCAUGAGUAAUGGAUGUCUGAAAUGAGACAAAGCCAAAAACAGCUUCUGGUAUAGAUUAAGCAGGAAGACAAAAUAAAAUGUAAACCAAGGCAUGGUUAUGUGUCUUUCUUCUCUAUUAAAUGCUGUCAUUUUAGGGAAGUAGAAAAAAAGAACUGUGAAUUUAGAAUCAUUUUGAGAUGAAUGAAGCUGAUUUUUAUGAAACAAUAUAAUCAUUUUCACUCCCAAAUGUGUUUUCUAUCUUUGCCAUUUCUUUGAUGGUGCUGAACUAUAAGGCAACUCUUUUUUAAAUCCCAUUAAGGUAAAAGUCUUACAUUUGAAUGAGAAGAAAAUGGCAUUAGCCUCAAAGAAAUUAUAUGUAUGGAGAGAUAAGUACUUUGUAAAAUAAAGGAAUUUAAAGUAA